AUGGACGUCCGCGUCUACGUCGACGUGAAGCUCGGCGACGGCAUGGACGGCGGGGCCCUGCUCCGCGGCAUCCUCCAGGGCCUCGGCGCGACGGUGUACCAGCGGUGGAGCGCGACGGCGCGCGCGACGCACCUGGUCUGGAAGAACGGCGACGGCCGGACGCUCGAGGAGGCGCGCGCGCGCGGCGUCGCCAUCGUCGGCCUCGCCUGGGUCAACGCGUCGCAGGACGCGGGCGGCUUCGUGCCCGCGGCGCCGUACGCGCUCCCGCUCGCGGACCGGUCGCGCGCGCGCGAGUACCUCGUGCGCCACGACCUCGCGACGACGUCGCGGAAGCGCAAGCACACGCCCAAGGCCUUCGAGGCGAAGCCCCUGCGCGCCGCGGACCUGCCGGGCCUCGACGACCCCCGGUUCCGGUCCGUGCUCAAGUCCGACGCCGAGUCCUCGUCGGCCGCCGGGUCCGCGGCGGGCUCGCUGUCGGCCUUCCACCGCCUGGCGCCCUGGAGCGCCGUGAGCCGCGCGGGCACGGAGCUCGUGAGCUCCGACGCGGGCGACUCGCGCCCGGGCCGCGGCGGCGACGGGUCCGCGUCGCGCUGGUCGGCGACGCAGCGCGACUCGCUCCGCGAGUCCGUGGGCACGGAGAUCUACUCCUGCACGGGCUCCGCGAAGCGGGACAGCGCGCGCCGCGACACGGGCUUCGGCUCGUCCUGCGCGGGCUCCGCGCGGCGCGACGGCGCGAGCCCCCGGCGGAGCGGCGCGCGCCGGAGCCCGCGCCGGAGCAGCGCGCGGCAGAGCAGCGAGGCGCCGACGCAGCCCCAGCCGACGCCCGGCGCGCCCGCGCCGCCGGACGCCGACGACGGCGCGCCCGCGCCGGCCGCCGCGGCGCCGCCGCCGUCGACGGCCGCGCCGACGAGCGUCGUGCGGCCCGCGGCCGCCGCCGCGCACCUGCUGCUGUCCGCGCGCGACCGCUACUGGGACGACGACGCCGCGCGCGAGGACUCGGCGCGCCGCGCGCUCGGCGCGCCGCGCCGGGGCCAGCGGCCGCGCCGCGAGAGCGAGGCCGUCAACCCCAUCGCGCGCCUCGACGCGCGGCUCGCCGAGGCCGAGCCCGUCGCCUUCCUCCGGGGCAAGCGCGACCGGAGCCCCGCGCCCGCCGCGGCCGACGACGGCGACGACGCCGGCGCGACGGCGAAGCGGCCCCGGAAGCGGCGCCGCGUCGUCAUCGCGUCGCCGCCGCGCGCGUUCGGGUCGCCGCCGCCGCCGCCGCGCGCCGCCGCGACGCCGCACCGGCCCGAGCCGGAGAUCAUCGUCAUCGACGACACGCCCGUGCCCGAGAAGGUCGCCGUCGACGCCGCGCCGCCGCCGCCCGAGGACGCCGAACCGGAGUCCGCGCCGACGCCCGACGACGUCGACGACGCCGUCGCGCCGAUGCCCGUCGACGACGUCGAGCCGGAGUCCGCGCCGACGCCCGACGACGUCGACGUCGCGCCGACGCCGCCCGCCGAGGACGUCGCGCCGACGCGGACCGGGGACGUCGCGCCGGCGCGAACCGAGGACGCGGCCCCAGAGCCGAAGCUUAUCGACCUCGGCGCGGGCUUCGAGCUCGCGCCGGCCGCGCCGCUCGCCGAGACGCAGGCGCCGGCGCGGACGGCGCGGAAGGCGCCCCGGUCCGGCGCGAAGAAGGCCGCGACGCCCGCGGAGGCCGCGGCGGCCGCGGCGAGCGCGGUGUCGAGCCCCGGCGCCGAGGCGCCGGUCGCGCGCGCGGCGUCGCCGCGGCGGUCGCUCGGCGCGCGGCUCUUCGGCCGCGGCGCGCCCGCGGCGGCGCGCGCGGAGCCCGUCGUCAUCUCCGCGUCGGGCGUCGACGAGGACGUGCGCGGCGCGCUGCGCGAGGUGUCGAAGCGCAUCGUCGCGCGCGGCGGGCCCAAGGCGCGCUUCGCCGACGACGACCUCCUCGCGAAGCUGCGCGGCGUGCUGCCCGCCAAGGCGACGCACCUCGUCGUCGCGGCGAAGCCGCCGGCGGCGCGCGCGCCGCGGACGCUCAAGGUGCUCUUCGCGCUCGCGCGCGGCGGCUGCGCCAUCGUCACCCCGGCCUGGGCCUUCGCGUCGCUCGACGACGAGACCUGGGCGCCGCCCGACGCCUACCUCGCCGGCUACGGCCCGCCGCGGCCGAAGAAGCCCAACACGCUCGCCGGCGUCGAGGUCCACGUCGUCGCGAACGCGCUCGGCCCCGCGGAGCCGCCGCACAGCGCCCUCCAGGCCCUCGUCUCCGCCGCCGGCGGCCGCUCCGUGGCCCUCCGCAACUGCCGCGUCGCCCUCGUCGGCGAGUCCUGGACGCCCUACAAGGCGCCGGCCGCGCUCCGCGCGCUCCACCGCAACGGCCACGUCCUCCGCGUCCGCUGGCUCUUCGACGCCAUCGAGCACCAGGACCCGGCCCGGCCCCAGGCCACCUACCGCGUCCCGGCCUAG